CUUUUCGGAUUGUCUACACGAAUAUUGCCCCUUCCAUGGAGAAAAUGCAAUUGUCACCGAUGAGGAAUGUCAAGAGGCAGAAAACAGAAAAGCCAAUGACCAAAAGGGUAUGGAGAUUGAAGCUUAAUGUAACUUGGCAACGGAUAAAGAAGGCCUUGAAAUCCACUCUGAGGCAUCGCCUUCAUCUUCAUCUUGCAUCCAACCUCAACAAGCUCUCUACUCUGAAACUCAAUCAUCAUGAUAUGGCUAUCAUUAGGCCUAUUCGGCAUGUAAUGAAAAAGAAAAAGACCUUUCAUCCCACCAUGCCAUUAGCGAAACUCAUUCAAUUGCCGCGCACGGAAGCUGACUUCAUAGACCACGGUGAUGCAAUGACUCCAUCCAAGUCCCCAAUCGAGAAUAUAUCCACACAAUGGCGUGAGCUUCAUGGUUUGCACAAUUGGGAUGGCCUUUUUGAGCCUCUCCAUCCUUGGCUUAGGCGAGAGAUUGUCAAGUACGGAGAGUUUGUCGAAGCAACUUAUGAUGCUUUCGACUUUGAUCCUUUAUCUGAGUUUUGUGGAAGCUGUAGGUAUAAUCGGCACAAACUGUUUGAAGAACUAGGCCUUACCAAACAUGGUUACAAGGUUACCAAGUACAUUUAUGCCAUGUCCCACGUCGAUGUUCCCGAAUGGUUAGAGAGGACUUGCUGCUCUUGGAGCAAGAAUUCCAACUGGAUGGGAUACGUUGCUGUCAGCGGUGAUGCUGAAACUGCAAGAAUUGGGAGGAGAGAUAUCCUCGUGGCAUGGCGGGGCACAGUGGCUCCGACCGAGUGGUACAGUGACCUCAGAACAAGUCUCCAGCCACUUGGGAAAACCAAUAUCAAGGUCCAACGUGGGUUCCUCAGCAUCUAUAGUUCCAAGGGCGAGUUCACAAGGUACAACAAGUUGAGUGCAUCGGAACAAGUCAUGGAAGAAAUCCGGAAGCUUGUUUACUUUUUCAGAGACAGGGGUGAGGAAGUUAGCUUAACAGUCUGCGGCCAUAGCCUGGGGGGUGCCUUGGCACUCCUAAAUGCCUACGAUGCCGGAACGUACUUCCCCGAUCUCUUCAUCAGUGUCAUCUCUUUUGGUGCACCAAGAGUUGGGAACAUACAUUUCAAGGAGAAGCUUAGAGAAGUUGGAGUCAAGACACUAAGGGUUAUUGUCAAGCAAGAUAUAGUCCCAAAGUUGCCAGGGUUCAUUCUCAACACCAUUCUCAACAAGUUUACAGCGGUGACUGGGAGAUUGAAAUGGAUUUACCGGCACGUCGGAACGCAACUGAAGCUUGAUGUACUCAUGUCGCCGUAUUUAACACGUGAUCCAGAUUACACGGGGAGUCAUAAUUUGGAGACGUACCUCCAUCUGUUGGAUGGAUACAUUAACAAGACAUCGAAGUUCCGUUGGAAUGCAAGAAGAGAUGUUGCCUUGGUUAACAAGACAACAAAUAUGUUAAUAAAGGAGUUAAAGAUCCCGGAGUUUUGGUACCAAAAGCCAUUCAAGGGACUUGUGUUAAACCAAUAUGGCCGAUGGGUUAAACCAGGGAGACAACCUGAGCACAUUCCUUCUCCACUUAGCAUUAGAUCCAAUCACGACCUAUCACUUUAAGAUUAAAUGUUGGUUCUUUGAGAAAGAUGUCCACUAAAAAAAUGAAUCCCGAGUCCAAUUUUGAGUCUUGCUCUCCCCCCCCCCCCGCCCCCAAUUUUUCUGUUUAUAUGAGAUUCAUUUAUUUGUUGAACAUUGAUCUGCAAAAGAGUUU